AACUGAUGGUAACUGGGCAGUCACAAACUAGAGGUGGACAUUGUCUUACCUCUACUCCAUCUGGUAAUUGUUUUUCACAUUUUGUUCAGCCGGUGCAACGCACACACAACAUGAAAUUGUUCUUGGUGACCGUUCUUGCUUUGGCAGCAACCGCAAACGCCCAAUUCAAGUGCCCCCCUAAGGACGGGCAGUACGAAGACCCGGUGCAAUGUGAUAAGUUCUACGAGUGUACCGAUGGGGUUGCCAAGGAGAAGCUGUGCCCCGACGGUUUAGUGUUCGACCCCCUCAUCCGCAAAAUCAACAAGUGUGACCAACCCUUCAACGUGGACUGCGGCGAUCGUACCGAGCUCCAACCACCGAAGCCCAGGGGAGUGUGCCCACGCCGUAACGGCUUCUUCGCCCACCAGGACCCGGCCGUCUGCAACAAAUUCUACAACUGCAUCGAGGGUGAAUACACCGAGAUCACCUGCACGGCCGGCCUGCACUUCGACGAGUUCUCCGGUACUUGCGUGUGGCCCGACGCGGCCGGAAGGUCCGGAUGCAACGAAGUAGGAAACACCUUGAAGGACGGCUUCCAGUGCCCCAAAGAAGGACAGAAGGACGCCAACGGUAACUUGGUGGUGCACCCCAAGUACGCUCACCCCACCGACUGUCAGAGGUUCUACGUGUGCUUGAACGGGCAGGAACCUAGAGACUUAGGUUGUCAAGUUGGUGAGGUGUACAACGAAGAAUCCCAAAGAUGCGACGCACCAGAGAACGUACCUGGAUGUGAGGACUGGUACAAGGAUGAGCCCGAGUCCGCUCCAUCAAAGCCAACAAAGAAGAACUAAUUCCUUAACACUUUCCCUUUUCUUCUUCUCAGUAUCUUUCCUCUUCAAGAUUCCUUAAUAGUUGAUAUACACAUAUUUAUUGUAUAAAUAUUUAUAUUUUUCCAAAGCUUCAUUUCCUUUUUAUCUUCUUUCCAUGCAUGUUGUUCCUUAAUUCUUUACCUCUCCCACAUUCUCAAUGAACUGAUAUUGUUUAGUUUAAGUUUGUAUUUUUUGUGUGAUUAAAAAAGUUUUUAUAAAAUUAAA